CAGCUGCCAACCCUCGUCAUGAACCAAGCAUAAAUAUGUCUUCCCAUGCCAUGUGUUUGUGCAAGGUUACCACGUUUCUCCAACAACACAAACGCUUAAUCAGCUCGAACCCAUUGUCCAGCCGGGCUCCGGAGUCCCCUAGAACGAACGGGAACAAGGAGGACCAGACAGGAGAUCCAAACCAACGUCCACCGCCAGCAAUGGCGUCGGAGUGCUCCUUCGCCCACGGCGUCUCCCUCCCCGCGCACCGGCCGCCCCUCGCCUUCUUCACCUCCUGCAGGCUGCGGCACGGUGCCGUGCGCACGGUGGCGAACCAUCGGGUCGUGGAGGCGGCGAGGCCGGUUUCGGUGGGCGCAGCCAGGAGGAUGCUCGGCUCAGCCAGGUACGGUGGGCAUACGGCAGCGCCGGGGCGCGCGGAAGAUUCGGAGGUGGCCGUACCGGCGUCGGUGCCGGUGCGCGUCGCCUACGAGAUGCAGCUGGCAGGACACCGCUACCUCGACGUCAGAACGGAGGGUGAGUUCGGUGGUGGGCGUCCGGCAGGAGCGGUGAACAUCCCCUACAUGUAUAGCACCGGCUCAGGAAUGGCCAAGAACCCGCACUUUCUCGAGCAAGUGUCAGCGAUCUUCGGCAGCGAUGACGAGCUCAUCAUUGGAUGCCAAAGUGGCAAGAGGUCCCUCAUGGCAGCAGCCGAACUCUGCUCCGCUGGCUUCACUGCCGUGACCGACAUCGCCGGAGGGUUCUCGACUUGGAGGGAGAACGGACUGCCGGUCAUUGGACGGUGAAAACGCGGGCUUCUAAAAAUGUGGUUGAAACAUCAUAAUUUGUCUUAGCAUGCUCUGAGACACCAUGUCAGUGCACUGAAUAAGCAAAAUGGAGUUUGAUAUGAUGUACUCCUCCGUACCACAGUACUUGUAGCUGGGGAAACUAAUACAAGUCCCCCAACUGCACCGAAAUUGCUUGGCGUGGACGAGCUCGCGCGCUCUUGGUAUCCUCAGGCGUUCGUUCCCUUGGAGAUGCGGGAUGUCCCUGGUAUUGCAGGUGGCAGGUGAGGGUUUUUUUUAAUGCGUGUACGUGUGUGGGAGACGAUGUUGUCGGCCGACGACAAAGGGGGUUUGACAGGGUUUUGUGACGGGUCGUUUGUUCGACGUCAAAGCAGCGCUGGAGCAUGCUGGCUUUGGUCAGAGGCGUCAACCAGGGUUUCGCUCCACUGGAUCUCUCGGCGGCUGCAUGGAGGCAUGCAUAAACUAUUCCACGGUCUUGGUGAUCAGGGAAACACCGGAAUUUAAUAUAAUGCUCAGGGCCCACCAUCCUGACAACUAAUGUUGUGGUUAAUGUGCUCCUGGUUUGACAACAUCAUUUUAAUUUGUCCUUUUAUUACUACGGGUGGCGGCGUGAGGGAGUGGUUGGUUGAAGCGGAAAUACUGCGCUAACUAGUGCUGGUGAAUUAGCGGUGAUGUUUUUUUAGCUAGGGAAAUUGUUAUCGGAAAAUGCAGUAUGCCCGCACGCGUGGAAAAAAAAUUUAUAUUCGGCUUGCAAUUGUUUUCUUACUAAUCAGAAAGUCAUUGUAUUAUGGAAGGCGGGAACAUUUUACUUAUAAGUUUUUCGUUCCCGAGAGUGCGUUGUCCGGUAUGAACAGUGGGAAAAAAUGUAGCUAAUUUUCAACAAAAUUUUACGUCAUUUAUUGUACAUGUCCGUGUUAGUGGGAAAAGAACCCACAAAUUUUUCCAAGCGAAUGGAGCACAGGUAUUUUCCCGGCGGAAAAACAUAUGUAGAGAGACAUUUGCUGAUAACAUUGGUGUUUAUUUUCAUUUUAUUUUUCAUAUGUAGAAUGGAGUAAAGGUGCUUUCGCCAAAUUGAAAGAUGAGGAUGAUGAUAGUGAUGAUGCACCAAGAAGUGGGAGAAACAAGGGAAAAUCGGAUGGAAACAAGAAGGAGAAAGUAAGAGUGAAGAGGACUACCGAGGCAACCACUUUGAGAGAUCAAAUUAGUUACACGGAAAAGAUGAAAUAUACCAUGCUAGCCAAGAAUUGGGAUGCUAUAAAGUGGGCAUGGCCGAGAAAAAAGAGAAA